AUUAUUGUUGGAUUUUCGUUGGAUUUUUGAGUGAAAAAUUUUGGGUUUUUCUGGAGUUUCUUUGAGGAAUGAACCAAAAAAGGAAGAAGAAGAAGAAGAAGGGAGUUCGAGAGAUUAUUGGCCGGAGAUUUGGGAGAAUGUAUUUCAAAAAUUAGGCCCCAAUACCCCUUGUUCUAUUGGAUUAGAUUUGGGAGAAUGAGAACCCAAAUCAGGUUCUCACCAUCCAACCAAAAAGAAAGAAGAAAAUAGAGAAGGAUGGAGGUGAAGGAGAGGAGGAUAGAGAGUGAUAGAGCUAGGGAAAGGGAAGAAGGAAAAUGUACUGUAUGACUUUCUACAAUAUAACCCUUAUCAGUGAUAUCACCAACAAGGACAUUCAUGUUGUUGACAAGUUGUUGCUAAAAGUGAGAAUUUUAGUAGUGGAUCAUAUCAUGUCCAGUGUACCCAAGUUCAUAAACAUAACCUAUGAGGCCAUCAAGCUCUUCCAUGCUAACCUAUCCAUCACCGUUACAGUCUGCUACUGCGAUUCCCUUCCAUGCUCUAUAGGCAGGCCAAAAGGCCAGAAGCCUUUCAAAAGCUUUCUUUAUUUCUUGCCUGGUGAGGACGACAUCGGCGCAUCGCCAUUAUUACUAGCAAGCAAAAGUUUCCUUAUCUACUUCGUGGUAAGGCGCUGCUCAACUGAUCCGAGCUUACCUGCUUUAGGGGAUAUUGACAAUAUUAUUACAGAGAAUAAUGGUCAUAUUGCCUAUACAAUAUUUGAGGCUGAUCUUCUGGCUCGAAGUGUGAAGAAAAUCAAGAACAAUACCAUCAUAAGACCCAAUGUUGAAUGCUCUGAAGUCACUAUGACAGAACUUCACGAGUUGUCGGUAACGGCGACUCAGAGUGCAGAACAACCCCCAGUUGCCGUGGAUCCUAACGCCAUGGAUAUACCUACUUCGUUAUCCUUUGCAGACCUCCUCCGCAAAGAGGAUAAUGACCCGACCAUCAUUGAAUUCUCCACACAGUCUAACUAUCUUGAUGAAGAUUCUGAUGUGGAGGAGGCCAGUGAGGAAAACACACCAACAGUUCUUCUUUCUAAGGCCGAUAAGAAAAGAAUCCGGCUUCCGUGGGUAAAUUCUAUCAUCAUUAAGGCUGCUUUUGCAGAAUCAGUGGGCUACUCCUUCAUCUAUCCACGCAUCAAAGCACAAUGGAAACCCAAAGGUAAAUGGGAAUGUAUUGACCUGGGACUCGACUUCUUUCUUGUUCGGUUUCAGGACGAGAACGACUUGCACAAAGUUGUCUACGGAGGUCCCUGGUUUGUUGGCCCCUAUUACCUAACUAUUAGACGGUGGGAACCAAAUUUCAACCCAACCAAAGCCACCUUCUCAACUACAGUUAUUUGGGCUAGACUUCCCGAACUACCUACAGAGUUCUAUGAUCCAGAAACUCUAAUUCGCAUUGGAAACAAAAUUGGGAACCUGUUAAGGGUUGACGCACACACCAUCCAUCAUACCAGGGGCCAAUAUGCCCGUCUAUGCGUUCAAGUGGACAUCAACAAACCCCUGGUUACCCAUGUCAGAAUCGGGAAACAUAAGCAAAGAGUUUUAUAUGAGGGAAUUCAAACUCUCUGCUUUAAAUGUGGCAAAAUUGGCCAUAAAGAAACCCAAUGCACAGGAAAUUCUGCUAGUUCUAAACAUGGAAUUGUGGGACAAGAGUUAAUGAGGCCAGGUAACUCCAGCAGCACGGACCCACCAAGGGACUCUACCUUGACCUUCAAUGCUCCGCCCUCUACCUCGGUCACAAACCCACAGCCUGAGGUUCAACCCUAUGGCCCAUGGAUCGUUGUUGAAAGAAGGAAAAAGAAACCAGGACCUAGAGGGAAGAACAGCAGUACCCAAAAUGGUGUGAAACAGAAGGAAUUGCCGGCGACGGCGUUGCAACCAGGAACAGGAAAAAUGGUGAGUAUGUCCGACCCAACUGAUAACCCGAUCCGUCAGAUCAGACCAAAGGGCAAGGAGAGGCAGCCAUCCAAUCAACCAGCCGCUUCUAACGGACUCAGGUCUAUCACCAUAAAUGCCGCCCACUCUCUGUUUACUCAACCAACGGCUAGUAUGUCGAGUCUCAAAAGUCAAACAAAAAAUGGCCUUUCUAAUACUGUGAGACCCAAUCCUAAGUUAGGUCCUAAAGGCCAAGUCUAUAGACCCAUCUUCCCAAAUGCUAAGCCCGUUGAUCCUAAAGGAUUGAGUGCCCAAGAUGAGCCCGCUUAUCCCAAGCCAAUUCCUACUUCCUCUAAGCCCCAAAUGGCCCAACAUCAAGAUACACAGCUUCCCCGGGACCCUGAAUCGAGACAUCCUCUCUCAAUCCCCAUCCCCUUUACCCCACAAGUCAACACCAGUCCCCUCCACCCCCCACAGACCACCAUUGAUAACAACUCCUUGCAUGAUGGUGGAUUUCCCAUCAACCCGUCUUCUACAAAUGAGCAGCAGUCUCGAAGCUUUUCUGGUGAGCGAGGGUCAAGUGAUUCGGCUGGAGAGUGCUCUACAACAGAUAAUCCAAACCCCAUCCCUCCAACCACCGUUCUGGACCAUGGACCGCAUCUCAUCAACUUGGCGCUCACCUCUCUUGGUGCCGAAGGAGAUCAACCCACGGAGGUUCCUACCCCUCUACCGAUCACUGGAAUCAGAUCACAGAGGAAAGAUCGAUCUCCUCUCGGUGCUGGAUCUAAGCUACAACUCCGACGACGCCAACAUAGACAGAACACUCACCCGUAUCUCCCCUCUGAAAGUAUACUGUCCAUCCAUCAGGCCUCAUCUGAACAUCUUGGAGGCAAUAGGGGAGAUGAAGGAGAUGCACUUAUGGUGCUCAGCCAACCGUCCAAUCCAUCACCAGUUAUGUGCCAGAUGGAAGCACUUAGUGCCUUGGGUUCUACCUUCAUUAGCUCUUGGAAUAUGAAGAUUGUUUCUUGGAAUUGCCGCGGAGCGGCUAAUCAAAACUCUCUCAAUCAUGUGAUGGAGCUAAAAAGGAUCCACUCCCCUGCUAUUAUGUUAAUCAUGGAAACCAAACUCAAUGGUGAAAGAGCACACACUAUGGCUUCCAGGAUCUUCCCAGAUUGUCAUAUUGUGGAUUCAGAUGGUCUUGCCGGUGGUAUAUGGCUCUUAUGGGAUGCCAACAAAGUGAGUAUUGAUAUUAUCUUCUCCAGCAAUCAAGCUAUCCACGCUAUGGUUAAGGUAUGUAAUCAUUCUGUCAUCUCUAAUUAUGAAUGGUUGUUCUCUGGUGUGUAUGGCAGACCUCAGUUUGAUAUUAGAUCUCUCCUCUGGCAUGAAUUAUCUGAUUUGGCUAAGCAUAUUAAUCUCCCCUGGAUUAUUGCUGGUGACUUUAAUGAUGUCACCGAACAAGGGGAGAAAUUUGGGGGUAACCCUAUCAACCAGCUGAGAGUUAAUGCUUAUCUUUCUUGUAUGGAACGUCUUGAUAGGUUCUGGUGUAACUCUAGUUGUAGAACCCUCUUCCCUGAAGCUACAGUGUAUCACCUCCCUAGGCUCAUCUCUGACCAUAAUCCCAUUUUGCUGAACCUUACCCCUCAAAUUCCAUCUAUUGGGAAAAGACCCUUUCGAUAUGAGAAGUUCUGGUUUGAUCAUCCCGAAUUUAUUGAUAUUGUCGAUAGGAUUUGGUCUCAUCCUCACAGUAAUACCUCUUCCUGUCUUGCCUCUACUAUGACUAGUAUCAAAUCUUGGAGUCGCGAUACUUUUGGUAACUUGUUCAAACGAAAAAAGGUCAUCCUUGCUCGUUUGGAAGGUAUCCAUAAGUCUCUCUCCAUUAAUCAUAACAACUUUCUCUUUGACUUGGAGAAAGAUCUGUCCCAUGAAUACUCUGAGAUUCUUAAAUGUGAAGCUGAUCUUUGGUUCCUUAAAUCUAGAUCCGAUUGGAUUGUGGAUGGGGAUAAAAACUCUCGCUUCUUUCACAUUACUACCAUGAGACAUAGAUCCAAGAAUAGAAUCCAUGGGUUGAAUAAUCCUGAGGGGGAUUGGAUUACUGAUUCUGUUCAGCUGAACCAUAUGGUGACCAACUAUUUUUCUACUCUAUUUUCAUCUCCCGCUUCCCAUUCCUUUCAUGAUUCUUAUAAUUGGAUCCAAUCAACCACUCAUCAGUCUCUGGAGCUCCCCAAUGAUUUGGCUGAGCCUCCAUCCUUAAUUGAAAUUAGGAAGGCUGUGUAUUCCAUGAAGGCCUUUAAAGCCCCUGGCCCGGACGGUACCCACCCUUUCUUCUAUCAAAAGCUAUGGCACUCUGUCAAGGAUACCAUCCUCCUUGACAUCCAACAGAUUUUUAUUUCAGGUAUUGUCCCCCCUAAAUGGAAUGAAUGCUUGAUCACUUUGAUCCCAAAGGUGGGUAGUCCUGUGAACAUUAAUCAGUUCAGGCCUAUUGGUUUGUGUAAUGUUAACUAUAAGAUUGUCUCCAAGAUCAUUGUCCACAGGCUCAAACCCCUUCUGGAUUCCAUCAUCUCUCCUUGCCAAGCUAGUUUUGUGCCUGGGAGACAUGGAUCUGACAAUAUUCUCAUCCUCCAAGAACUGGUUUAUUCCUUUAAUAGGAAGAUGGGUAGGAAGGGUGGUAUGAUUAUCAAGCUGGAUUUGGAGAAAGCGUAUGACAAACUUGAAUGGAGUUUUAUUAGGGAGACUCUUUUUUUCUUCCAACUCCCUCCUACUCUUAUUUCCCUUAUCAUGUCCUGCAUCUCCUCCACCAGCAUGUCUAUUCUGGCACAGACCAGGGAUAACCUAGGCUCCUUGUUAGGCCUCCCUCAAACCUCUUCCCUUGGUAAGUAUCUUGGUGUACCCAUUAUUGCUAGGAAACUUAAGCAAGCUGAUUGCAAUUUUAUCCUAGAUAAAGUUCGAUCUAAGCUUGCCGGAUGGAAAGCUAAAUUUUUCACUAUGGCUGGUAGAACCACCCUGGUCAAAUCUGUCCUUGCUACCAUCCCUAAUUAUUACAUGCAGUCCCAAAUGCUCCCUACUUCCACUUUGAAGGAUCUUGACAAAAUAUCGCGCAACUUUCUUUGGGGCUCUACUGAUAACCAACCCAGGCUGCAUCUGGUUUCUUGGGAUAAAAUUACCCAACCAAAAUCGUAUGGCGGGUUGGGUAUUAAAGCAGCUAAGGAAGCUAAUUUGGCUGCCAUGUGCAAGCUUAAUUGGCGUCUCCAUACUGAAAAGCAUGGCUUGUGGAACCGUGUGCUCUCUACCAAAUACCGAAUUAACAAUUGCAGGUUCCAAUACCCAAAUCACUGCUCCCCUGUCCUGCAGAACAUUAAAAAAGGCAGCUCGCUAUUUUCCGAAGGCCUCAAGUGGAUCCCUAGAGAUGGCAGACUCAUCUCCUUUUGGAAUGACACUUGGUUUGGUCAUAGGCCUCUUAGCUCCAUUUUAAAUGGUCCUCUGCUUGAAACUGACUCUUCCUUGCUUGUUUCUGAUUGUUUUUCACAAGGUCAGAUAAUUGACAGAGCCAUUUCUUAUGACUUGCCUCCCAAUAUUGUUCAGACCAUCAAAGCUAUCCCUCUGUCCUUGUUUGAAUCUGGAGCUGAUCAAUUUGCAUGGAAACUGAAUGCCAAUGGCUCUUUCUCUUCCUCCUCGGCUUACGGCCUUGCCAAGAAGACUUCCAUCAGCCCGGAGCAGAACUGGUCUUGGAUUUGGAAGGUCCACACCUUACCAAAAAUCCAAAACUUCAUCUGGUUGCUUUGCCAUAAUCGGAUUAAGUUCCUGGGGUACCUUAAUAGUAUUGGUAUUAUCAAUUUCUCUAUGUGUCCUCUCUGUUCUCUUAAUUCUGAAACUGCAGAUCACCUGGUUCGGAAUUGUCCUAGCUCUCGCGUUAUUUGGGAUGCGCUUUUUCCAGGAUUGACUUCCCACCAGACCAUGGAUUCCCCCCUGGGUGAGUGGCUGCGGUUCAACUGUGGUAGGAAGGACAGCAGCUCCUUCUUAUCUAUUCCAUGGGGUAUCCUCUUCUCUUUUACUAUUUGGACAAUUUGGAUUCAAAGGAAUUGCAAGUUGUACAAACCUGAGGAUUAUAAUUCCUCUGCCAGUAUCUCCAUUAUCAAGAACAAAGCAGCAGAAUAUUGGGCUUGCUGCUCCUCACCUCAGCAUACUCGCCAGGCUAUAUCCACUACCGUCAAAUGGACCAAGCCCCCCUCAGGAUUCAUUAAACUUAACACCGAUGGCUCCUUCAUUAGCAGGUCUGGUAUGGCUGCUUCGGGAGGUUUAUUUAGGGACCAUGAGGGAAAGUGGAUGCUUGGCUAUGCAAGGAAAAUCGGCCACACUUCUUGUUUGGCAGCUGAGCUUUGGGCCAUUCGGGAUGGUCUUCAAUUAGCUGUUGACAAAGGAUUUAAUCGAUUAUGCAUUGAGACUGAUUCUCUUACUGCCCUCAACCUCAUUACCAAGGAUUGUUGUAAUCACCACCCUUUUACUGCUCUCAUUUUGGACUGCAAGGAACUGCUCAGUAGGAUCCCAGGCGGUGAUAUCCAGCACGUCUUCAGAGAAUCCAAUAUGUGUGCUGAUUUUUUGUCUAAAUUAGGCCACUCUUUGGCUGCUAGUUUUACUAUGUAUGAGGAUUGCCCCCAAGGCCUGGACGUUUAUUUGGCUUAUGAUAUGUAUGGGAUCGAGUAUCCCAGAUAUGUACUUUAGUUCCUCUGUUUAAUACUACUUCCUAUUUUCACCACAAAAAAAAAAAAAAAGAAAAAGCAAAGGCGUGC